UAUAGUAGCUAGUAUAUAAAAUUUCACCCCACUCACGUAGUUUUCUUUUCCUUUAUAAACGCAACAUCAUAGUCCAAAAUUGUUCAAAUUAAAACGUUGUAUUCUUUGUGAGAAAGAAUCACCAAAGGUUCCCUGCAAAGAGAGGAAGUACUGAAAUUAAACUAGCAUACACAACAUAGUUUCCAUAGCUUUAAAUUCAUUGAGAUGGAAUGGAGGAAAUAUUAUUUGGAUGCUUUGCUAGUACCCUUAGGAUUUAUGGUAAUAAUUAGUUAUCAUGUUUGGUUAUGGCAUAAGGUUCGAACUCAACCUUCUUCCACCAUAAUUGGAAUCAAUACUCAUGGAAGACGUUCCUGGGUACCUUCCAUGCUUAAGGACAUUGAAAAGAAGAACAUCCUAGCAGUUCAAACACUACGUAACCUAAUAAUGGGAUCAACACUUAUGGCAACUACAUCCAUUCUUCUCUCAGCUGGUUUGGCAGCAGUGAUAAGCAGCACAUACAGUGUGAAGAAGCCUCUCAAUGAUUCCAUUUAUGGAGCUCAUAGUGAAUUUAUGGUAGCCCUAAAAUAUGUCACACUCCUAACUAUAUUCUUAUUCUCAUUUUUCUGUCACACAUUGUCCAUUAGGUUUUUCAACCAAGUAAGCAUCCUCAUUUGCACACCACAAGAUGUCUUGUCCUAUGCUGUCAUCACACCUGAAUAUUUGUCUGAGCUUUUGGACAAAGGAAUUGUUUUGAGCACUGUUGGAAAUAGACUUUUCUAUUCUGCAUUUCCUCUUUUGCUUUGGAUCUUUGGACCUGUCUUGGUUUUCUUGUGUUCUGUUGCUAUGAUUCCAGUGCUUUAUAACUUAGACUUUGUUUGUGGAAAUGGAAAGCAACAUAUAGUGAAGAUUAAUGACAAAGGAGGAGACAAUUAUGUUUGAUGUUUAGAGAUAAUUAGAGGUUUAAUUAUCAAGGCCCCUUGAAUUAUAUGGUAUUUUUUCAAUAUAGGUCAUUGAAAAAAAAAUGUAAUCUUAUCUCUGAACUUUUAAAUAAUUUGUAAUUAAGUCUUUUAUGAACUUUUAAAUCAUUUCUUAUUAGAGAUCCAA